CAGUGUUUGGGCUCGCUGAGGAUUGUUUCGGAAAAAUUAAAAGUCAAAAAUCAAACUGAACCGCGGUGGAAAACUGUUUGAUACUACAGCAGAGAUGGACCAAGAAGAGGAGCUGCAGCAGGUUGCUGCAUGGCUUAAAGAAGAAGGAUGCGCUCCUCACUCCACUAUGAAGGAUCAGCUGUGCUUCCUGUGGCGAGCCCUGCGGCGCAGAGAGAGCCGCCUGCUCAUUGUGUCAAGUGACCUGGACUCCCAGCGCUCGCAACACAUUGCAGAGAUGGACGAAGUACGCAAGUCCUUGGAGCAGAUCCGUAUCUUUACAGAGCACAAGGAUGUUUUGGCUCAGGAGAUACAAGAGGAGAAUGAUCGGCUCAAGGACCAACUGCAUCGCCUAAUAUCCCUGCAAGAUGCCCAGAUAAGUGAGGUGGCUAAGAUGCUGUACCAGCAGGGUCUUACAGAGUUGAUCCACAGCAGCCCCAGCGAGCAGGUGGCCUACCUGCUGGUAGAGAGGGCCUCCCUGCUGGAGAGGAGGGAGGACCCUGAUGGCCCCAUGGGCCAUGGAGACUCUUCAUCAGCCUGCCAACUAGACACAGAGGCCCUAUCUUCCCACCAGGGGGCACCACACCACAGCCAGAGCCCAUGGAAGAGGCUGUUUGGACUUCACAAAGCUGCACAGAGCAAACGCACAUUUAUUCCCGCUGAGGCCAGGCAUUUAGCCGGCCAGGCGAGCAAUGUGCAGCGGGAGUGUUUCCGUCUGGAGCGGGACCUGGAGGAGGGCUCUCGCCGGCUGGCUAUGGCUCACAACGAAAUCCGGCGUUUGACUGAUGAGCUAGAGUCUGCUCAUUUGACCCAGAAGGCUUAUGAGCCUGAGCUGCAGGAGGCACAGAAGGAAGUAGAACAGCUCAGACACGAAGUGGAAAAACUGAAGAAACGCGAAAUGGUGGAACUGCGAAAGGCCAAAGAGCUGAAUGAUCAUCUGGAUCAAGAGAUCAGAGUCCUGAGGGCCAGGGUACGCUCUCUUGAUGCUGGAAAAAGCUCCCUGCUGGACACGGUGGUGUCUCUGCAGAAGGAGGUUUGUCGGCUGCAGGCUGCCCUGCAGGAACAGCAGCAGCAGCAGCAGCUCCUGGCUGUACAGGACCAGGCUGUCCAGGCCACUGAGCAAACUAAAUCUGAGGCCACAGAGCCGGUGCAAAGCAACAAGUCCUGCAAAGAGUUACAGGAGAAACUCACAACUCAGGCCAGAUGCCUUUUGGCAAAGGACGCAGCAGUGGAAUCUUUGCAGAAGGAGGUGUGUCGGCUGCAGUCUGCCCUGAAGGAGCAGCAGCAGCUCCUGACUGUGCAGGACCAGGCUGACCAGGCCGCAGACCAGGAACAAGCUAAUGUACAAUCUCUGAAGCAGCAGCUGGGUAACUCAAACUGUGACACGGAUAACAUUGCAGCUACUGUGUGCAGCAAAGAAAAUCAUCUCCACGAUCAAAAACGGUGGAAGCAAAAAGAGGCAGAUAUACAGCACUAUGAGAGCACGUCCUUGCAUUUGGAUGAUUCCUAUGCAACACAGGAUGAAGACUUACAGACACAGCUGCAGCUUCCACAGAGCAAUGACGACACAGUCCACAAGGAGUGUCCUGAUAAUCAGAACGUGAUAAAGACUCUGCUGGCUGCUCAGGAUGAGUGUGAGAGACUUAAAGAGGAGAUCUGUGAAACCCUGAAAUGCCUAGACAAAGAGAGGAGCAAGUGUCACGAGAUGAAUGAAAAGCACAAGACAAAAUUGAAUCGAGCAAAACAGAGACUUGAUGAUGAAACCAAGUGGCGUGAUGACAGAAUCAAGAAUCUAGAGAGAGAGCUGUCGUUGUGUGCUCAUUCAUUAGCAAAGGAGAAAGAGCUUAUCAUGAUCAUGACUGUGGAAAAUGAGAAACUGCUGACUGAAAAGAGGGAGUUGCUACAGCAGCUAAAUGAAGAGGAGCACAUCAAGAACGACAGCAUUUUAACAGCUUCCUUGUCGAAAAACAGGGUGGACUUCCUGGAAAUGGAAAACAGAAGACUGGGAAACAGAAUACUUAAGAUGUCCAAUCAGCUGUCUGCACUGGAACGCACUCCCCAAAACAUGCGCUCACAGCACUUUGCUGAGGAACUGAAGAAGAUAUUGAGUCCGCAGUGUGUUUUCUUCACAUCUAGCCCUCUGCGAACUUCAACUGCGAUGAUGCCUGAGGCCUCUGAAAUUCAGGAUUUACUGGACAGCAUUCAACACAGUAAGACCAAGCAGAUGGAUUCAGCUGCUUCUCCUCUCUCUGCUGUGACUCUGAGCCUGCCCAGGCCGGCAGAGAUGGGGUACCUGAACUUGACCUCCCCAAAGAGCCACUCUGAACACUUGGUUCCUUCUGGCUUCCCCUGCAGCACAGACGAUAGCUGUUCCUGAGGUUUCUGUCCAGCCCCAACAUAAAUGCACAGAAAACUUGUAUUGUAAUUUAUACAUAAAUAAAUUAA